UUAGUGGCGAUGGGGGCCGACUUUCCACUCAGCCCCUUCUUUUGAUUUUUGGUUCGCGCUAGAUCUUCGACUUCUCUUUACCUUUCUUCCUUCAACUUACACACCACGCACCACGUCUAAAAGAAAAUGACGGUACCCGCACAGCAGAUUUUCGAGCAGGCAGACGCGUAUCUCAAGGCAGGGCGUUAUCAGGAACUAAUCCCCCUAUACGAGCAACUGGAAUUCCAGGUGUCUGCCAUCGAGAUUGAUGCCGUUCCCUUGAAUACCAUCUACGAGCCACUCUUGGCGUCCUACCUCAUCGCUCAUGACCUGUACGUGAAUCGACUUGCGCGGACAAACGGGACUGUUUUUAAAAAAAGGACUGGACUGCGGGCGAGAUGGUGGUGCCUUAGACCACACGCUUUACUGGCAAUGAUACUGAAUUUUCAAUUUGUGAACUGGAUUAGAUAUUCGGCACGCAGUCUCGUCCAUCGAAUUCCUGAAGAUUACAGGGCUCAGGCGCCGCAGCUAGCGACGCUGAUCCAGGUCAUGGAAUUGAUGCGGCAGUGGGAGCGACAGAACGGAAAUUUGAAGGACAUCUAUGCGCUUUUACACCAAUCUCGCUGGAACUCUUCGCUUGCACCAUUGAUCGCUGUGCUGCAAGACUCGAUUCAGGACCGGGAGCUAGAUUUGUUGGCAAAAGCAUACACCUCGCUUCCUGUUCAAUUGGCAGCAUCGCGCAUCUGGCUCGAGGAGGACUCGGCAGCAGAGCAGCUUGUUGCUACCCGGGGAUGGAGAUACGACGCGACAACAAGACUUCUGUAUCCAAAGUCAAGAGAAUCUGCUCCCAACCGGUCUAUUGGACUGCAGGAGUUUGGUCAAUUAGCUGACGUCGUGGCGCAUUUGGAGGUUAAGCAAGAUGCAUCUUGAGCGGAUUAUGGGCCUGUAGAUGUCAUACGCUAUUGUACAUUCACAGUUCUUCUCGGGAAAUUGUCCGUCUUGUCAAAUAAAAUGCCCAUUCCCUUCUUUCACACAUGCAAGC